UGAGAAGCUGAUUUCCCAAGCCUAUUAUUAAAAAAAUUUAACUUUGGAAACAUAAAUAAAUAAACAAGACUGUGGGUCCGUUUCUGCCUCCUGCGCGCGCGACAUGCAUACAUCACUUCGCUGACAGCGAGCAACUUGAAGCGGUUCAUUUCCCUUCUCUCCCAGAAUGGUACAUCCCUCCGUUAGACCCCAUCUCAUCUUGAGCGUCUUGCGGCGGGAGAUGGAUAAUUCAUUCGGUGCUGGUGCUGUAGCUACUUCUACAGAAGCAAUUUGCCAGCGUACGUAGAUAAGAGGCUGAUCGGGUCAGCCCAGCGCUCACUGCGUCUUGGCCAAAGAUUUAUUCCAUUCGCGACGCACGCACCCGCGCUUCGCCACGGGCGCAAGGACGGUCAUGGAUGGAGUCGGGAGCAACAGGACCAUGUCCUAUAGCCGGUGGAGUUACGACAGUGUUCUGGAUGAUGAGGGCGGUGCCCUUCGGCAGCAGAAGCUGGACAGGCAGCGCGCCCUGUUGGAGCAGAAACAGAAGAAGAAGAGGCAGGAGCCGCUGAUGGUCCAGUCGAAUGUGGACGGUCGCUCACGCACCCGCAGGGCCAAGCAGUCUGAGGAGCAGGCACCCCUGGUGGAGUCCUACCUCAGCAGCAACUGCAGCACCGUGUACCAGGUGCAAGAGGCUGAACAGGAGGGGGUAAAGACGGAUCCUCAAGCUCCCUGUUCAGCCAAAAAGUCUGCAGCUUCCACCCCCCAAACGGGCAGCACCCCACGAACAGGCAGCACCCCGCAAACGGGCAGCGCCAGGAAGGAGAGAAAGGGGAAGCACAAAGGGACGGAAGGGCCGGCGGCCGCGGCGCAGGACGAGGUGGCGGAGCUGGGCGGGCAGAUCCAGAUCCUGCCCGGGGGUCAGCCCGCGGGGCAGGAGGGCGAGGGGGAGGCUGUGGGCAGCGUACUGCGCCAGGGCAAGCAGGAUCUGAGACUCACCAUGCUGAAGAAAGGCAUUUCCAGCAGUAUGAAUUUUGACGAAGAGGAGGAUGAUGAAGAUGAAGACAGUUCCACGUCCUCCCAGCUUAACAGCAACACUCGGCCCGGCUCAGCCACCAGCAAAAGAUCCAGCAAGGACGUGGCGUCGGCCUGCUCCCCUCCGGCCAGCGAGCCCGUCAUUGACGUGGACGACCUGGAGGAGUUCACCCUGAGGCCGGCGCCGCAGGGGGUGACCGUGAAGUGCAGGAUCACCCGCGACAAGAAGGGCAUGGACCGGGGCAUGUACCCCACCUACUACCUGCACCUGGAGAGAGAGGACGGCAAGAAGGUGUUCCUUUUGGCCGGCCGGAAACGAAAGAAGAGCAAAACUUCGAAUUACCUCAUCUCCAUCGACCCGACAGACCUGUCGCGCGGCGGCGAGAGCUUCAUCGGGAAGCUGAGAUCGAACCUCAUGGGCACCAAGUUUACGGUGUACGACAGCGGACUCAAUCCCGCCAAGACGCCCUCCAGCCUAGAGGCCACCAACCUGCGUCAGGAGUUAGCCGCCAUCUGCUACGAAACCAAUGUCCUGGGUUUCAAAGGACCGCGAAAAAUGAGCGUGAUCAUUCCGGGUAUGAACAUGGACCACGAGCGAGUCUCCAUCAGACCCCGCAAUGACCACGAGUCCCUGCUGGCGCGGUGGCAGAAUAAAAGCACGGAGAGCGUGAUCGAGCUGCACAACAAGACGCCCGUCUGGAACGACGACACGCAGUCCUACGUGCUCAACUUCCACGGCCGCGUCACCCAGGCCUCCGUCAAGAAUUUCCAGAUCAUCCACGACAACGACCCGGACUACAUAGUGAUGCAGUUUGGUCGCGUGGCUGAGGACGUCUUCACCAUGGACUACAACUACCCCAUGUGCGCCAUACAGGCCUUCACCAUAGCGCUGUCCAGCUUCGACAGCAAGCUGGCCUGCGAGUAACACCGGGAGCUGGACGUGGCCUGCGCUUCCUGUUUCCUGUCUACCCAGUGUCCGCGGCGUGGGCCUCGAUGGCCUGUCCCGCCUCUCUCCCCCCCCCCCCCUGGAGAGGGGGUCCUAGACCUGACUGGACAGGAGCUAGCCUCAUGAACUCGGCCGCUUCAGAGAGGAUGGUGGGCCAGGAGGGGGUGUGAGCAUUCCCCCCCCCCAACCCCCUGCCCUCCAGAGAGGACCCGCUAAAGCUGCAUCUCUCCAUCCGCUGUGGAGGUAAGCACAAAGGACACUGCCGCUGCGAUGGACCUUUUUUCUUUUUUUUUUUUUAUACAGAUCAUGUGACAAAUGGAAUUUACUCAAGUUAUUAAUGUUGUACUAUCCACAGUGAGUUAUUAAUAUCGCACUAUCCACAGUGAGUUAUUAAUACCGUAUUAUAUGCAGUGAAUUAAUACUGGACUAUCUGCAGUGAGUUAUUAAUACGGUACUAUCCACGAUGUUAUUAAUACGGUACUAUCCACAAUGUUAUUAAUGCGGUACUAUCCAUGCAUAGAGCUUAUUUUCAUGGUUUUGAAUAGAGCACUCAGUCAAGACUAAUACUGUGUUGCAAAGGCCUAUCCUGUAGGUUGUUCUGAAGCUUUCUCAUUCCUUUCUUCAUUUUGCUUAUUAAACUGGAUGGCGGUCACACCAAAACAUCAGUAAAUCAUGUUAAUUUCCCCGAACCGUUUUAUUUUUAUAUCAUAAUUACUCAUAUAUUCAUCUUUUUUGCAACAAACAAAAUAUGCCGCUAAUAUUGGCAGGAAUAUGGAUUGGCCAGCUCAGUGUGUGAUUGGUUCCCUUGACCUUUGGUCCCCAGCGGCCUAAUCAUGUCUCCUGUUUUGUGACUUCAACCCACAGUAGAAGUCCCCCGAUGACAUUUGCGUGUAAUAACGUGUAAAGCCACGCAUGGAAAUGCACACCACAUAUCUUUAUAUUUAUUUAUAAUUUUAUUUAUUUAUUUAUGUUUUCUCACAGUACUUGCUAAACAUUACUUACAUUCAUGUUUCACCUGAGCACUCUAGUUAACCUAAGCGUUAAUUCUAUAUUUUGGAACGUAAAGCACAUAACUAUAUUUGACGGACGGGGCUGUCCUGUAUUUUUAAAUUACAUGGAGUGGGCGGAGAUGGAGGAGUUGCAUUGUCCUAGAAUCCUGUCAGACAACACACACUACUGUCCACUGGAAGGUUACUGGUUGGAGCACUUUAACUGGAGUUUACUGGCCGUUGUAAAAUAUCUGUAAAUACUGUGCCUUUGGAGACAAAAAUCAUACAUACUAUGCUUGAAAUUCUGUGAAAGUCUCGGUCCAAAGGUGACUGAGUGGUCUUGGGUCAGAGCUUAUUCACAAAUCCCCAUGACUGCACUGGAAGCAAUCCUGCAGCUGAGAGGCAUAGUCGGUUUCCCUAGCAACAAUGUAUUAACAUGCAUUUCUAAUCAGGGCUUGGUGCAAGUGUGGUUCCCAAAAGCAAUGCACAGUUGACAUUCUAAAACAAACCCGAGGGGAUGUGCGUGAUUGGAUAUCCCACAAGUACGCCACAGAAGCGGUGCCUCAUGGGACGGAUUAAUGCAUCAUGUGCCCAGCCAUUUAAUUUCCCCGGCUGGUGUUUCCCCGGAGGGCUGUUCCAGGUACCUGUUCACUUGAUUUUGUUUACCCCUCCAUUUUGUUUGUCUUUGCGUGCAGGUUAAAUGAUUUUUAUGUUGCUCUGCGUACGCCGAAGCAAUUACAGCAUCUUUAUGUGCUACCUUACGUGCUUAUUGAGGAACUCGACCAGACCUAACAGAACCAUGUUUCCCCAACACCUAAUCACUGUAAAAUUUAAAAUAAUAUUAAUAAUUGUCUGCUUCAUCUUUCUUAAAAAUAAUAUACCCUCUUUCUAAGAUCAGCCAGGGCCUUCCACAUUCAAACAGCGAAGAUUAUAACAGGACUGAUUCACUGGCUUAGCUCUUCACAAUAAUAAAACCUAACAUUGGAGCAAGUACAGGAAGUGACAUCACAUGAGACAGGGCAGAUACAGUGGGAGCUCCCGGCUGUCCUCCUUGUUGCUGUCUCCGCCCCAGUUCCAGUCAGGUCACAUGAUUCCCCUGGUUCAGUAGUGGUGUGUGGGUGUGGCCAGACGACUCAACCACACCAGUGUUCGCAUGUCAUUUUUAAUUAACUUUUUAUCACUGAAACAUCACUAAUAAUUUCCACCACCUGUAUCCUAGCCUUUUAAGAUAACAAACAUUCUGAAUCUAGUUUUUCACCCAGUUUUGUAACCUUGACUAAUUCCCUUAAUAUAUUUUUAUGCUGCAAUUCAAAAUCUUUUGGCAAAAGAUAUUCAAAAGGUUGUUUACUUUCAAGCUCAUUCAUGUUUUCAAGCAUGACAAAUAGCCUACAAAGGUUAUAAACAAAGAACAAUCUGCAAAGAAAUUCAUAGCUGCUGAAAAUUAAGAUUACUAAUUAUUAUCUUUUCUAUAACUCUAAUUGAAUGAAUGCUGAUUUUUUCACAAAUGUGUCUUGUUUAGUAAAGUCUUGUAAUGACCUGUGGAAUCCUUGUUGAAUAUUUUAGCAUUCAAACUGGUUUUUCAUGAUUCUUGGUUUUCAGGAACAAAAAGACAAGCAGUCUCAUUCUGUACCUGUAACAGAGCUGUCAUACUGUAAUGGUGUAAAGUGUGUGUGUCGUUCUAUACUCAGUGUUAGUUUACACACAGUUACUACAAAUAUGACAAAUAAACUUAUUCCAGUGAA